AUGCAUUUGAUGUACACAUUAGACGAUGAGGGUAACAGGAUAUACACGUUGAAGAAAACCACAGACGCAGGAAAGAUCACCAAAUCCGCUCAUCCUGCACGAUUCUCGCCCGACGACAAGUUCUCUCGUCAUAGAGUCACAAUCAAAAAGCGCUAUAAUGUGCUAUUGACCCAACUGCCUUCGAAACCCAUGUGAGGGCAGUCAACAACCACCCCUUUUGGGGGAGAUAUCGAUGUUGGAUCCCCGGUGUGGCUGUACCUAGAGAGAGGCAUGCCGCCCCACCGCACGGCUUAUGAGGUUGGGCUUGUACGGCGGGGAAGGUUGCAAACCAUAGUCGGGACCCUUGUGUGUUCCUACCUUAUUUUCACGUCAUUGUACUAUCAUCACGGUUUAUUGAACGCAGUUGAUUCGAUGUCAAGGAAGAAAGU